GGCUGGGUGAAUGAAGAGAAGAAACCUGGUGGCGUCGUCCCAGGGCUGUGGAGUGCCCCGAAGGUGUGCACGUCCCUGGCUAGCCUGCGAGCGCGUCCCCGGUGGCCGCACCUGCCAGCCGCGCGGUUCUUAGCACUCUCCGCCACUUCCGGCCGUGGCCCCGCCCCGUCGCGUGGCUGGCGUCCCUUACGCGUUGAGGCAUUUUGUCCCCAGCGCCGACCCGUCUCUCUGCCCUCGCCGCUGCCAUGGCGGCAGCUCCGCCGCUUUCCAAGGCCGAGUAUCUGAAGCGUUACUUGUCCGGGGCAGAUGCCGGCGUCGACCGGGGAUCUGAGUCCGGUCGCAAGCGUCGCAAAAAGCGGCCGAAGCCUGGCGGGGCCGGCGGCAAGGGAAUGCGGAUUGUGGAUGAUGAUGUGAGCUGGACAGCUAUCUCCACAACCAAACUAGAAAAGGAGGAAGAGGAAGAUGAUGGAGAUUUGCCUGUGGGAAAUUGAUUAAUUAGAGAAAGAUCUACAAUUAAACCAAUACAGUGACAAUCAGAUGUUUAUGGAGCAAACAUAACUGAAGACCCCUACUUACUUCUUCAUGACCAUUUUGGAUAUAUGUACGCCCUUGUGUUAGGAAUCGGAAUGGUUGUAACUUCAGGUUCUUGAGACAGUGCUUCUUGGCUGGAUCCUGUGGAUUUCCUAAGCAUAGGAAAUCUUUACUCUCACAGGUGGCAGAGUUUGUGGAUGAGCGGCCAGAAGAGGUAAAGCAGAUGGAGGCCUUUCGUUCCAGUGCCAAAUGGAAGCUUCUGGGAGGCCACAAUGAAGACCUACCCUCAAACAGACAUUUUCGUCACGAUACCCCGGAUUCAUCUCCUAGGAGGGUCCGUCAUGGUACCCCAGAUCCAUCUCCUAGGAGGGACCGUCAUGACACCCCGGAUCCAUCUCCUAGGAGGGCCCGUCAUGACACCCCAGAUCCUUCUCCCCUCAGAGGGGCUCGUCAUGACUCAGACACAUCUCCUCCCAGGAGGAUCCGUCAUGACUCCUCGGACACUUCACCCCCAAGGAGGGCCCGCCAUGAUUCGCCAGAUCCUUCUCCCCCAAGGAGGCCUCAGCAUAAUUCUUCAGGUGCAUCUCCUAGGAGAGUCCGUCAUGAUUCACCAGAUCCCUCUCCUCCUAGGCGAGCCCGUCAUGGUUCCUCAGAUAUCUCUUCCCCCAGAAGGGUCCAUAACAACUCCCCUGACACAUCUAGGAGGACUCUUGGCUCUUCAGACACACAGCAACUCAGAAGGGCCCGUCAUGACUCCCCUGAUUUGGCUCCUAAUGUCACUCAUUCCCUGCCCAGAACCAAAAGUGGUAAAGCCCCAGAAAGAGCCUCUAGCAAGACUUCUCCACAUUGGAAGGAGUCAGGAGCCUCCCAUUUGUCAUUCCCAAAGAACAGCAAAUAUGAGUAUGACCCUGACAUCUCUCCUCCACGAAAAAAGCAAGCAAAAUCCCAUUUUGGAGACAAGAAGCAGCUUGAUUCCAAAGGUGACUGCCAGAAAGCAACUGAUUCAGACCUUUCUUCUCCACGGCAUAAACAAAGUCCAGGGCACCAGGAUUCUGAUUCAGAUCUGUCACCUCCACGGAAUAGACCUAGACACCAGAGCUCUGAUUCUGACCUCUCUCCACCAAGGAGGAGACAGAGGACCAAAUCUUCUGAUUCUGACCUGUCCCCGCCUCGAAGGAGUCAGCCUCCUGGAAAGAAGGCUGCACACAUGUAUUCUGGGGCUAAAACUGGGUUGGUGUUAACUGACAUACAGCGAGAACAGCAGGAGCUCAAGGAACAGGAUCAAGAAACCAUGGCAUUUGAAGCUGAAUUUCAAUAUGCUGAAACCGUAUUUCGAGAUAAGUCUGGUCGUAAGAGGAAUUUGAAACUCGAACGUUUAGAGCAAAGGAGGAAAGCAGAAAAGGACUCAGAGAGAGAUGAGCUGUAUGCCCAGUGGGGAAAAGGGCUUGCCCAGAGCCGGCAACAGCAACAAAAUGUGGAGGAUGCAAUGAAAGAGAUGCAAAAGCCUCUGGCCCGCUAUAUUGAUGACGAAGAUCUGGAUAGGAUGCUAAGAGAACAGGAAAGAGAGGGGGACCCUAUGGCCAACUUCAUCAAGAAGAAUAAGGCCAAGGAGAACAAGAAUAAAAAAGUGAGACCUCGCUACAGUGGUCCAGCACCUCCUCCCAACAGAUUUAAUAUCUGGCCUGGAUAUCGCUGGGACGGAGUGGACAGAUCCAAUGGAUUUGAACAGAAGCGCUUUGCCAGGCUUGCCAGCAAGAAGGCAGUGGAGGAACUUGCCUACAAAUGGAGUGUUGAGGAUAUGUAACUUUCCUGAGGCUGUGGGGGUGGCUGGGCUGUGGUAGUGGGCAUAGGCAGUGAGAUAUCCAGUGGUAACAGUUGUCUGUGCUAAUAAUUGGAGCCCACACAGACCAGCAACUUGUUGAAUGCCAGUUUUGACCACAGAAGAAUAUUCGAGACCUGAUGUUUGGACUGAGGUACCUGUACUUCUUGGGUGUGACAGCACCGGCUGUUGCUGGCUUUCAGAGGAAGCAUUGAUUUCUCAUCGACCAGGGUUUGUUCUUGGUAGGGUUUUUCUUUUUCUUUUUUAAAUAAACAUGUAUUUAUUUUUUUAAAA